CAGCCGGCUCUCAGCGUUCCACCGUCAGUUCUUGUCAGAUUGACCAUGAUACCGACAAAAGUCCAUUACAUUGCCUCCGAUAACCCAUCAAUACCAGCAUUUGCUCUGCAGAUUACCCAAAUAGUGGAUUCCUACAUGCUGUGGGCUUCACCCACGGAACUGUUUGAAGGAGAUGUAGAAAAAGCACCUCUUUCUGGCAGUUUAUGUCGCGAUUGGGCAUGCGCAAUGCCUCCUAAGGCUGGCACAGCUACCACAGGGGCUAGUACAAGCAUUUACAGAACAACAAAUUCGGAUAUUUCGAUAUCCAUGGCCCAGCGACUAGCAAGAAGAUUUGGUAAACAGGUAUUUCUUUCGAUAGACAUCCAAAGCUACGCCGGGAAGCUAGAAGUGCUGUUGGCGCUGGAGAAGGGGAUUUUGCAAGCCUUGAAAACACUGGAGAAAUAGUUGCUAUCUAUCAUAUACAUCUCAAUGACAUUGAAAACGAUUAAGAUUGCC